AUGAGAAAACUCUCAGCAUCUGUUGAACAUAGUGUUGUUGAAGCCUCUACACAUUCAUCAUCAAUAAUGAUCAAUGAUCAUGAUGAAAAAGAUGAUUUCUCUCCGACAAGUUCAACCGAAAUCAAUGGACCGUUUGUUGAUGAUAUUAUUUUUGAAAUUCUUCAUUUCCUUGAUUCAAUGUUCAUUCUUCAAAUUUGUAUGAAAAUUUCAAAACAAUGGAGACGUGUAUCAUUUCAAAUUCCUCUUUCAUUGUCCUUCAAACCAAAUCACUUCAAACAAGAUGGUAAAUCAAUCAAACUUUUAGCUGAUUGUGAAUGUUUGAAAAAUUUGACUUCUUUGGGUCUAAACAACAAUCGAAUUGGUAUUGAAGGUGUUAAAUAUAUUGCUGAAAGCGAGUGUUUGAAGAAUUUAACUUCGUUGAAUAUGGAAUUGAAUAGAAUUGGCAAUGAAGGUGCUAAAUAUAUUGCUGAAAGUGAAUCGUUGCAGAAUUUGUUUUCUUUGAACCUGUAUUUCAAUGAAAUUGGCAGUGAAGGCGCUAAAUAUAUUGCUGAAAGCAAGUGCUUGAACAAUUUAACUUCUUUGAAUCUGUAUGGUAAUGAAAUUGGCGAUGAAGGUGCUAAAAAUAUUGCUGCAAGUGAGUGCUUGAAGAAUUUAACUUCUUUGAAUCUGGGUAGAAAUCAAAUUGGCAAUGAAGGCGUCAAAUAUAUUGCUGAAAGCGAGUGCUUGAAGAAUUUAACUUCUUUGGAUCUGACACGCAAUGAAAUUGAUAAUGAAGGUGCUAAAUAUAUUGCUAAAAGUGAGUGCUUAAAGAAUUUGACUUCGUUGAGUUUGGAAUUGAAUGGAACUGGCAGUGAAGGUGUUAAAUGUUUUGCUGAAAGCGAGUGCUUGAAGAAUUUGACUUCUUUGAGAUUACAUAUGACUGCAAGUGAUUGCUUGAGGAAUUUGAUUUCUUUGAAUCUGCAUUCGAAUUAA